AUGAACGUAACGCACCUCGACGACGAGGCCCACAACCUGGCCGUCCUCGGCUGGCGUGUGCGCUCCCUUUGGGACUCCCCUCCGACGGGGACAUUUCGCGUCGAGUGCGGCAAGAGGACGUGGCGCCGCGACGCCCACCGCUGGGUCGACGAAAAGGACGCAGUGGCGACGUGGGACGACGACUUCUGCCCGCACGCGCUGGCAAUGAUGGUGAGCCCCGACUUUUGUGUGUGCGUGGACGGACGCACGCUUGUCCAGUGGACAGAUACGUACGCCCAUCGCCUCUCGCGGAGCAUAUCCAAAGUGUUGGCCGAAUGUCUGGAGGACAGGAGCGGUGUCAGGGCGCGCGUCGUCGCGCGGCUGCUGCGCGACUGCGAGCACAAGAUCGAGCAUUCAGCGGCAGCCAGAGGCAGACCGGAUCUCAGAGCAGACGGGCGGGCGCUCUCCGCGCUCUGCGACACGCUGGAAUCCCUCUUGACCCUGAUCGACGGGCACACCGUCGGGAUGCCCUACUGGCUGACGCUCCUGGUCCGGGCGCCCAAGGGCCAGAACUGUACGUCAACGCCUCGGGAUGCAUUUGCUCUGGCGCGCUCGACCUACAACGCCAGGACUGUCGAUCGCCUCCUGCGUGCCACGGUGGGCGAAAAGGGUGGAACCGUGCACAUCGGGUCCCUCGCCAUCCGUUUCGACUAUGUGACCGGCACCUGGCGCUUUGCCCCACGACAUCUAUUCGACCGUGGGACAAAGGCAUUGGACGUGCGAAGAACUGGCACAGACGGCCGCGGUCAUCCUGGAGGCCGACCACCGCAAUCCAUUUUCUAUGUGCCCGCCUUUUGCACACUGGUGACCGCCAUCCUCGAGCACGGACCCUCUGUCGACGGCCAUCAAAUCUUGGCCCUCCAAGAUGCCAUUCGGGCCAUCGAGGACGACCACGACCCGACUGCGCCCUGCCUCGCCUCGCUCGGUACCGCCAAGACCCUGUUGGAGGUGCUCGAAAGGACUGAGUGGGUGCGUCUAGAGGUCAUCAACCCGGCCAUCCAGAAGGUGGCAACCGAGGCUGUAUCGCGCGCACGCUUGAUUCCCAACUACCGAACACUGGCGUCGUCGACAACCCUAAGGGAGUGGCCCAAACGAUUCAUUUCAAUAGGCCCUGGUAAGUGGUAG